AUGAAACGUCCAUUGGGCGGACAGGCGACGACACCCGUCAAGAAGGCCCGCGUUGAAACACCCGCCGAGACCUCCACUCCCGCCGUCAAUGCCUCAACUGUGUCUGAAAUUGCAGGAUCCACGACGGUGGCCGCGGUGGCAGAUGCUGGGCGCAAGCGACGGCCGUGGGAGCAGCAGCAGCAGUCCACCGCUCCAUCGGUCGAUGCCGCCGCGACCACGAGCGCUGCCGCACCUUCAGCUGCCCUGCCACGCCAGGCAGCGUCGUCACACACGACAAAGCCGUUUGGACACGCCGGCCGCGCGAACACGGGGCCGGACAGUCGCCAUCCCGAUUCCUCACAUGGACCAAGCCAUCCUCGUGGCGGAUCAGCAGCAGGAGCCCCAGCGACGACCACGGCGACCACUCCUGCUGCUGCAGGCGCUGCGACUACAAAGCAAGCACCAGCGCAACGGAAGCCACCGAGCGCGAGUGUCGUCGACGGGCUGGAUUACCGAGGAUUGGACGAGGACGCUGACGCCGAUCUUGGAGGCGAAGACGAGUUGGAAGAUGCCGAGGAGGACGAUCAGUCCGCGUCAGGUUCCGACGAGAGCGAUGCGAGUGACGAGGACGAAGCUCACGAGCAUGACUCUGAACUGGAUGGUUCGGACAAUCAUGAUGGUGCACAACAAGCACGAAAGAACGGCAAGCAGCACAGCAACAACAAUAACAACAACGCACUGCGCGUGCUUCCACGAUGGCUUGCAGAGCCAAAGAUGAUUCAGACGGGUGUUACGAUUGACGACAUUCGCGAUCGCCUUGACCCGCGUGUUGUUCGCGCGCUGACAAAGAUGGGCAUCCAGUCCUUGUUCCCAGUCCAAGCUUCGCUCUUGCCAGAAAUCCUUGGUUCGGCGUCCUCCGCAGUCCAUCCAGGCGAUUUGUGCGUGUCUUCGCCCACGGGCAGCGGCAAAACCAUGGCAUUUGCCAUUCCCAUUGUUAACAAACUAUCCACUCGAGUGGUGCCCCGGCUUCGUGCGCUCAUUUUGCAACCAACACGAGAACUCGCCGCACAGGUUAAAUCCGUGUUUGAUUCGUUAGCUCAGUUCACCCCCUUGACCACCGCGUUGAUCACUGGCCAAUUAUCGCUCGCUGCGGAACAAGACCUUCUCGCGGCAGGCGCACCCUCCCGCUCGGUGCUUGCCGACUCUGUGCUCGCACUCGCGGGAAAUCGCAGCUCUGGCUCGGCGCAACAGGCCACGCCCAUUGUCCUUUGUGAUGUUGUUGUCGCCACGCCAGGUCGUCUCGUCGAUCAUCUGAACUGCAACCCUGCACUCUUGGAUCAUCUGGAGUACUUGGUGCUCGAUGAGGCCGAUCGUUUGCUGAGCCAGUCCUAUUCGGACUGGUUGCCACGCGUUUUAGCGGGCCGCACCACGCGUCACCAACGCGCCGCAGCCCAGAGCAGCAACAAUGCAUCCGCCACAUUGGCGGGCGAGAGCGGCGGUGUUGGUAGCGCUGGCUACGGCAUGGUGAACAAUUCGUCCUCGCACUCGAUCAUGCGCAAACUCCUCUUUUCCGCCACCCUAACCAACAAUCCGGAGAAAAUCGCAGCACUUCAUCUCGUCUUCCCUCGGUACUUUGUGGCAGCGCCGAACGCGACUCUGUCUGUCAAACCUGUUGCAGGCGCAGGGGCCGAUGCAGCGACGGCCAUGGACACGACGGCCGACGGCCAGGAGCCGCUGUUUGACGCGGACGGCGACAAUGCUGCUCGCUUUACGCUGCCAGCCACGCUCACGCAGGAAAUGAUUGUGUGCCAGCUCGCCGACAAGCCGUUGGCAUUGGCUCAGCGCUUGUAUGGCACGCUUAUUCGUGCUGCGGGCAAGACUUUGCCAGCCGACGACGAGGCGGCAGCGACAACCACGCCUCACCGUGUCGUUUUUGCGAGCGACGACGAGGAGGACGCGGAUCCAAGCAAUGAGGAGGCGUCCGCCAAGAAGCGUGGCACACCCCUGUCACGAGCGAUCAAAGCUCUGCCACAAGCGCUGGUCUUUACGGCCUCUGUCGAGUCGACGCAUCGCCUGGCAUUGUUGUUGCGCAAUCUCUUGAAGCAAGCCUUGCCAGAGCUUCGGGAUAUUCAGCUUGGCAGCCUUGUCGCCGAAUUCUCAUCGUCCCUGUCCAAAGACGAUCGUGGCAAGAUGCUCAAUCGGUUCCGCACCAAUCAAGUUCACGUUUUGAUUUGCUCUGACGCCAUGGCUCGUGGCAUGGAUAUUGAGAACGUGGCGGAGGUGAUCAACUACGAUGUGCCCGUGUACUUUAAAACUUACGUCCACCGCGUGGGUCGAACGGCUCGUGCCGGUCGUAGCGGUCAAGCGCUCACACUGCUUCGCUCCGAGGAAGUGGCUGCGUUCAAGCGCAUGCUGGGCAAGGCUGGUCAUUCUUUGCCUGCCAAGAUUCGCGGCGACAGCGCUGCUCAUUUUGCCAAUGAGGCUUUGGAGUCCUUGCGAGCUGCAAUCGAGAAGGAGAAGGGUGGAAAAUCGCGCAACAACGCUGCCGCCUCGAGUAAUCCUGAAGCGAUCGUGCAAUUGAUUGAGCGACCGCAGUUGGAAUCCGCUGCUGUUGAAAUCUGA